UCUCCUCCUCCUCCUCCUCGCAUUGGUCCCACUGCAAGUCUGAGUAAAGUUUGCAUGAGACAAACAGCCCAGAUUUUCCGCUGAUCGCCAGACUUCCUCAAAACCAGCUCAGCAUAAAAACAAGCGGCCUAGACGCAUCGGCCGAUUCAACUGCACACAGCCAGCCUCCUCGCACAUCUGCCUUUAACAACAGGCUCCUUCCAGCCUCUGCUUUUUCGCUCAGGAUGUGGUGUGUCACCCUCUUACUGGCUGUUCCAUUGCUGAUCGCAGAGGCUACCACCUAUCCUGAUGAAACGCUGGACGCUCAUUGGGAACUCUGGAAGAAAACGCACAAGAGAGAAUAUAAGGGCAAGAUGGAGGACAUCUCCAGAAGACUCAUAUGGGAGAAAAACCUCAGAUACAUCAACACCCACAACCUGGAAUUUUCUAUGGGAAGGCAUACCUUUGAAUUGGCCAUGAACCACUUGGGGGAUAUGACCAGAGAAGAAGUUGUACAGAAGAUGACUGGACUCAAAGUCCCUCCAUCACGUAGGCCUAGUAAUGAUACCUUGUACGUUCCGGACUGGGAACAGAGGGCACCUGAUGCCAUUGACUACAGGAAGAAAGGAUACGUUACCCCCGUUAAGAAUCAGGGUCAAUGUGGCUCUUGCUGGGCUUUUAGCUCCGUCGGCGCCCUGGAAGGACAACUCAAAAAGAAGACGGGAAAGCUGCUGAACCUCAGUCCUCAGAACCUGGUCGACUGCGUCACCAACAAUGACGGAUGUGGAGGCGGCUACAUGACAAAUGCCUUUGAAUAUGUGAAGGUGAACCGAGGCAUCGAUUCGGACGAUUCCUAUCCCUACAUCGCCCAGGACGAGAGCUGCAUGUACAACCCGACCGGCAAGGCUGCCAAGUGCCGUGGCUACAGAGAGGUUCCCGAAGGGAACGAAAAGGCCCUGAAGAGAGCGGUGGCUCGCAUUGGCCCCAUCGCGGUGGGCAUUGAUGCCAGCUUGACCUCUUUCCAGUUCUACAGCCGAGGUGUGUAUUACGAUGAGAACUGCGAUGCUGCCAACAUCAACCAUGCUGUCCUGGCCGUGGGCUACGGGACCCAAAAAGGCACCAAGCACUGGAUCAUCAAAAACAGCUGGAGUGAAGAGUGGGGCGACAAGGGCUACAUCCUCAUGGCACGGAAUAUGAACAACGCCUGCGGAAUUGCCAACUUGGCCAGCUUCCCAAAGAUGUGACCUGGCUGUGCGCAGACACACCAGAUCGGACCCUCCUGUGUCAGCGGGCAACUGGAUUCCUGGGCUGAGAUCUGUAACGUCAACAGCAAUAAUAAAGGACUUGAGUGGUGGCCGUUUUGUUUCACGGGCAGUUCUGAGAGCACCUCAAAGGCCUUUUUAUUUUUUAAGAAUGCUAUGGCUUCUACCCCUAUUGGGAAUUUUUUGGCUUGUAAUGGGAUCCCUCUGGGCCAAACUAAACAAAACAAUGAUAAUCCAUAAUCGUCAUUUACUAUUUUUGCUGAAAGCAGCCACAGGGGUCUCCCUUCAGAUGAGGACCAUCACCCUUUGGAGAGUGUUUUUCCUUUAACUCUUUCUGUGUGCAUUUUCCCCUCAAUGAAAAUCCCACCCCUCCUAAAAUAAGCUGCUCUUUGUCAUGGUAGGGAAACAUACAAUUCAGCAGCGGUUUCUCCAGAAGUUAUAACACACAAAAAGCCAACUGAACCACUUUCUUAGUUGAAUGUUUUGAGAAAAGAGCAUUGAGAUGGAUAAGAUAAAUAAAUCUAUCAGUUUUGGUGACUUUGGGGGUACAACCAGACUGCUGUAAUUUGGGGAGGGGGUUCAGCUGGGGGAAUCAUUCACCAACCCUCACUACUGGUCAACCUCUGCCAUCCAAGACCACCACAAACUCUAAGCAGAUGAUCCUCAAGUCAUGAUUGUUCAACCAUGUAAGCCAAGCCAUACAUUGGAAGAGGAGGGGAAAUACAACUGUCUCCCAGGGUAAAACUACUAAAGCACAAAAUUACCUCACUGAUUCUUCAGUGGGGCAGUGGCCUCGUAGCCUUGUGACUUUUAAACUGCUUGCAAGCAAGAGACCCAGAUGGAUAUUAGGUUGUCUUGAGUUGGUCUUGUGGUAGCAAGCAUGAAUUGUCCUCUUUGCUAAGCAGGGUCACCCUGGGUUGCAUUUGAAUGGGAGAUUACAUAUGUGAGCACUGUAAAAUAUUCCCCUCAGGGGAUGGGACCACUCUUGGGAAGAGCAGAAGCUUCCCAUUUUCCUCCCUGGAAUCUCCAAGAUGGGGCUGAGAAAGACUCCUGCCUGCAACCUUGGAGAAGCCACUGCCAGUCUAUGUAGAUAAUACUGAGCUAUAUGGACCAAUGGCCUGACUCGGUAUAAGGCAGUUUUCUAUGUUUCUAACUAUAUGGACUGCUUACGGUUCCACUUUUGCAUGAUGAAUCUGAACUGAGUACUACCUAUAUAUCCUAUUGAACUGUAUAAAGCUUUAAUCUUAAGUCUUCAUUCCUAGAUGUCCAUGCUCUUCCCUUCCUUGUCUCCCUCUUCAUUUCUCCAUCUCUCUUUCAUUUGCCCUUGUGUUCUACCUACCUCUGUUUGUAAUAGAAAAAUGAAAACUUUAAUAAAGAAUACAUCUUUGAAAGAA